AUGCAUGAAGUGGGAUCGUGGGCGGACGGGAAGCUGAAAAUGGACCCGAAGGAAGUGGUGUGGAAAAAGGGCUCGCGGGUGUUUCCCUCGUCCGUCUGCUCCCUGCCGUGCGGGAUCGGGGAGGUCAAGUACAUGCAACAGCCGCGGGAGUUCCUCGCCGACGAGUUCACCUGCCAGGACUGCGGAAUUGGGAACUGGCCGCACGAGAAUAAGACCGGGUGCUACGCCCUCUCCUCCGCUACGACGGCUGGCCCCGUCCUCACGUCCGUCAAUUACGCGAUACCGGUUUGGCAAGGUCGAGCGGUGCCGACGGCGACCACCGGCGACCACCGGCGACCACCGGCGACCACCAGUGACAAAGAGAUCCUGCAGCAGGUAGAAACAUCUGGAGAUUAA